GACCAACAGCAGCAACGUGAUCUCUUGAGGCUCUGGAUUGUCCUCCCUUUAAGGAAUUUUGCUUGCAAUGAAGAACUCAGUCCCAGUACAUGGUCCCUGCUGAGAAGGCCUCAAAAGCAUGAGUUUCCGUUGUCGACAACAGCAUCCUCAACCACCCUCCAAUGGCCACCGUCAGAAUAUGCGUCUGCGGUGACGAGGGUUGUGGUAAGUCCAGCCUUAUCACUUCCCUAGUAAAAGACACCUUUAUCAGCAACAGAAUCCAAGCUGUUCUGCCUCCAAUUACCAUUCCUCCCACCCUAGGAACUCCCGAAAAUGUCACCACCACCAUCGUCGAUACCUCUGCAUUGCCUCAAGAUCGAACGAACCUUGCUAGAGAAUUGAGAAAAUCCAAUGUCAUUCUCCUAGUCUAUUCGGACCAUUACAGCUAUGAGAGGGUGGCUCUGUUCUGGUUGCCAUAUUUCCGCUCGCUCGGUGUCAAUCUACCGGUAAUACUAUGCGCAAACAAGUCGGACCUGGUCACUAGCAGCACGCCCGCUCAGAUCAUGGAAGAGGAGAUGCUACCGGUCAUGUCAGAGUUCAAAGAGAUCGACUCAUGUAUACGGACGAGUGCCCGUGAACACUACAAUGUCAAUGAAGCAUUCUUUUUGUGUCAGAAAGCCGUCACACACCCCAUCGCUCCGUUGUUUGAUGCAAAAGAGUCGGUUCUGAAGCCAGCUGCGGUGGCUGCUCUGCUCAGAAUAUUCUACUUGUGUGAUAAGGAUAAAGAUGGGUUGCUGAAUGACAAGGAAAUGCAGGAUUUCCAGUUGAAAUGUUUCGACAAGAGUCUGAGCGCAGAAGAUCUUCAGCACAUCAAAGACACCAUCGAGCAUCACCUGCCAGGAGCUGCCCUGGGUCGAGGUAUAACUUCCCAAGGGUUCUUGAUGCUCAACAAGCUCUACGCGGAGAAAGGUCGACAUGAAACAAUAUGGGUCAUCCUCCGAAUAUUUCAGUACACCGACAGUUUGUCAUUGCAGGAAUCAUUCGUCCACCCCAAGUUCGAGGUGCCAGAAUAUGCUUCAGCCGAAUUGUCUCCUGCCGGGUAUCGUUUCCUGGUCGACUUGUUCCUCACAUCCGACCGCGAUAACGACGGCGGUCUCAAAGAUGAGGAGCUUGGGGCACUCUUUGCGCCAACACCAGGAAUUCCUCAGCUUUGGAUUGACAAUAACUUUCCUUCUUGUACAGUGCGCAACGAUGCAGGUCAUGUCACACUACAAGGCUGGUUGGCUCAAUGGUCCAUGACCACAUUCAUGUCUCCCAAGACGACUCUCGAGUAUCUCGCCUACCUGGGCUUUGAGUCCCCAGAUCGAUCGAAUUCCAGCACUAUAGCCGCUUUAAAAUUGACAAAGCCUCGAAAGAGAAGACGGCGACCAGGGCGAGUCGGUCGGAACGUUCUUCUUGCACAUGUAUUGGGAGCUCCGCAAUCUGGAAAGUCGGCAUUGCUGGACGCAUUUCUCGCUCGUCCAUUCAACGAACUCUAUCACCCUACCAUCCAACCUCGAGUUGCAGUCAACACUGUUGAAUUACCAGGAGGUCGACAAUGCUAUCUCAUUCUCAAAGAAUUUGGCGAAUCAGAAGCGGCUGCUCUUGACAAUAAGAGCAAAUUACUUGAUCAAUGCGAUGUCAUUGUGUAUACCUACGACUCUUCGGAUCCAGAUUCGUUUGCGUACAUCCCAAACAUUCGAAAGAAUUAUCCUUACCUCGAAGACUUACCGUCUGUGUACGUGGCAUUAAAGGCAGAUCUUGAUCGAACAAUGCAACGAGUCGACCAUCAACCGGAAGAAUACACUGCUCAAAUCCAAAGGAUGCCUCAAGGACCACCAAUAUCUACCAGUGUGACUUGGCCUUCGAUACAGGACUUGUUUGUGGUUUUAUCAGAAGCAGGUCUUGACCCGGUCACUGCUUACACACGACUUCUGGAGGAGGAUGAUGGUGGUCAAUUGAUGAGGUAUGGUUUGGUGUUGGGGGUUGUGGUUUGUGCUGGUGCUGCAGCUGUGGUGAUUUGGCGAAGAUCAACUUCACCGACUAUGUAGGGUAGAAUAGAAAUGGAAGCAACGGGGUAUGAUUGAAAAGGACUUGAACAAUACUUGAGCCUUGACAUCGCCUUGACAUCCAAAAUACAAUUAACGGAGUUUGACCUCG